AUGCGUUUCUCCACUUUAGUUACUUCCGCAUCUUUAUUAGGUGCUGCCGUCGCCCUACCAGCUGUUCACCAACACAGAGAAAAGCGUGAUGCUGAAGCCGUCGUUGAAGCUGUCAACCAAGACAAUGUCGCCGCCGCCGCUGGUGCCGUCGUUACCACCACUACCACUGUUGGUGCUGCUGCCGCUGCCGCUGCUACCCCAGCUGCUGCCAAGGCUGCUUCCACUCAAGCUGCCAAGGCCGCCGCUUCUUCUUCUUCUUCCUCUUCCUCUUCUUCUGACAGCACCGAAAUGACUGCUGUCGGUGUCAAGGGUAUCACUUACUCUCCAUACAACGCUGAUGGUUCUUGUAAGUCUUCCAGCCAAGUCGCUUCCGAUUUGCAAACUUUGAAAGACUAUCCAGUCAUCAGAUUGUACGGUACCGAUUGUGACCAAGUCGCUAACGUUCUUCAAAACAAGGCCUCCUCUCAAAAGGUCUUUCUAGGUGUCUACUUCAUCGAUCAAAUUCAAUCCAGUAUCGAUACCAUGAGCGCCGCCAUCAAGCAAUACGGUUCUUGGGAUGAUGUCGUUUCCGUCUCCAUCGGUAACGAAUUAGUUAACAGUAACCAAGCUACUCCAGCUCAAGUUGGUCAAUACGUUGCCACCGGUAGAGCUGCCUUGACUGCUGCUGGUUACACUGGUAAGGUUGUCUCCGUCGACACUUUCAUCUCCGUCAUUAACAACCCUGAAUUAUGUCAAUACUCUGACUACAUGGCUGUUAACGCUCACGCUUACUUUGAUCAAUACACUGAAGCCGCUAACGCUGGUGACUGGGUCUUGCAACAAAUUCAAAGAGUUUGGACUGCUUGUGAUGGUAAGAAGGAUGUCGUUAUUACUGAAUCCGGUUGGCCAUCAAAGGGUGAAACCUACGGUGUCGCCGUCCCAUCUAAGGCUAAUCAACAAGCUGCAAUUGCUUCCAUUAAGAAGGCUUGUGGUUCUGAUACUUAUUUGUUCACCGCUUUCAACGAUUACUGGAAGGCUGAUGGUGCUUACGGUGUUGAAAAAUACUUCGGUGUUCACUCCGAUGAAUAA